GGAUCGCUGGGCCCCAUCGGCCCCUCCCCUCUCGCUGCAGCCCAGACGCGGGUCGGGGCCGCUGGGUUCUGUUCCCAGCUCCCUGCCCGAGCUCCGGGGCAUGGGGCGAUCUCUGGGCCUGGGAGAGGGGCCCGCGGCGUCUCCCUGCCGCCCGGGGGCACCCACCGGGAGCGGGACACCGGGGCUGGCGGAAAGGCGGGGCGAGCUCGGAGGCGCUUCGAGCUGAGCGGGGCCCAGGCAGUUGGGUUUCAGAGCGGCCGCGGGUUGGGGGUGAAAGGGCGAAAUCCUGGACGUUGAUAAUCGCCAGAGGGGUCAGAGACGAGCCGCGAGAACGAGCGCAGAAGGAGAGAACCUGCCUCACAGUGACAGAUUGUCUCCUUGGGACUGACUCAGCUAGUUACUAUGAGCUUGAUACAGAGUGACAACAGCUAUAGAGCCAGAGAUCUGGAGACUGGCUGCUGUGCAGCCAUGGCCAGUGCGUGCAGUGCUGGAGCUAAAGAAGACAGCAUAGGUGUCUCAGUCAACAGUGGGACUGGAAACCUUCCAAACUCCUUCACGGAGGAGACUCAAGGAUAUGAUGUGGAGUUUGAUCCCCCCCUGGAAAGUAAAUAUGAAUGUCCAAUCUGUUUGAUGGCUCUCCGGGAAGCAGUGCAGACGCCAUGCGGACACCGGUUUUGCAAAGGCUGCAUUGUCAAAUCAAUAAGAGAUGCAGGUCACAAAUGUCCAGUAGACAAUGAAAUUCUACUCGAAAACCAACUCUUCCCUGACAACUUUGCCAAACGGGAAAUCCUCUCACUGAAGGUGAGAUGUCCUAACAAGGGCUGUCUUCUGAAGAUGGAACUGAGACAUCUAGAGGAGCAUCAGUUGAAUUGUGAUUUCUGCUCUGUGGAAUGCCUACAAUGCCAGAGUUCCUUCCCGAAGAACCAGCUGCAAAACCACAUGACACUGGAAUGCCCACGGCGGCAGGUCUGCUGUCCAAACUGUGCUACAUCUAUGGCUUAUGAAGAUAAAGAGCUUCAUGACCAGAACUGUCCACUUGCAAAUGUGUUUUGUGAAUAUUGCAAUACAAUGCUGAUCAGAGAACAGAUGCCUAAUCAUUAUGAUAAUGACUGCCCUACUGCCCCAGUGCCAUGUACAUACAGUGCCUUUGGAUGUCCUGAAAAGAUGCAGAGGAAUGAUUUGGCACGUCACAUGCAAGAGUUCACUCAGGUUCACAUGAGAAUGAUGGCUCAGACUCUCCGGAGUAUUAGUGUUACUACCACAACUCCCAUGUCCUACCUCAGUGGCCUGUCCUUUGAGCCAUCUGUCUUCUCACAUGUCCCACCUGCCACAUAUGACUGCAGCCCAGAAGUUGAGAACUUCAGGGAAACCAUUCAGCAGUUGGAAGGUCGCCUGGUAAGACAAGAUCACCAGAUCAGAGAGCUUAUUGCUAAAAUGGAGACUCAGAGCGCUCACGUAGGAGACCUCAAACGUAAUAUCCAAAAUCUAGAGGAAAAAAUGGCCGAAAUGGAGGCACAACAAUGUAACGGCAUUUAUAUCUGGAAAAUUGAGAACUUCAGUACACAUCUGAGAGCCCAAGAAGAAGAGAGACCUGUUGUGAUCCACAGCCCCGGCUUCUACACUGGGAAACCAGGCUACAAACUGUGUUUGCGCCUGCAUAUCCAGUUACCAAAUUCUCAGCGGUGUGCUAACUUUAUAUCCCUCUUUGUCCAUACUAUGCAAGGAGAAUAUGACAGUCAUCUGCCUUGGCCAUUUCAGGGCACCAUACGACUUUCUAUUUUGGAUCAAUCAGAGGGACUUGCAAGACAGAAUCAUGAAGAAGUAAUGGAAGCCAAACCUGAGCUUCUAGCCUUCCAGAGACCUACAAUCCACCGCAACCCAAAAGGUUUUGGUUAUGUGACGUUCAUGCACCUGCAAGCUUUGAAGCAAAGAACCUAUGUAAAAGAUGAUACUCUUCUGGUGCGCUGUGAGGUUGUAACGCGUUUAGAUUUGAACAGUGUACGGAAAGAGGGCUUUCAACCUCGCAGUACUGAUGGGGCUGUAUAGUCUAUUGCGCCCUAACUAAGGGAGCCCCACACUGCUGUUCUUCCACAACAGAUUGGAAGGACAAGAGCAUGAACGAAGGGAUUUUCCACAGGGGAAAAGCUUCAUGAUAAGAGCAGUUAUCUGGGUUGAACAAUGCCAUUCUGCAGGCUAAUGCAGCUAAUUUAACAGAAUAGAAUUUGCUGCCUUUGGUAUACAAGCUUUUUCCUCUGUGGGUCAUGUAUUAAAUAUUUCUUCUUCUCUGUUAAUGUAUUAAGCUAACUGCGGGAAGUAUUGCUGUGUUAUCAAAGGUGAAAUUCUUCAGUAAGAAUUUAUUGAAACAGCUUUCUUCCUACACUGGGGGAGUUUGGGUCAAAUUCCACUUCUAGAAGUCUGUGAGAAAGUGAAGCAUUGGAGCUGAAUGCCCCAGUUGUCCUAAAUAUGGAAGUAUUGAAAAGCUACUAAAAGGGGCAGAAAGCAGGGGAUGAGGAUAGGGAAGCAGCUGGGAGGAGUGGAGGUCAUGUGGGGGUGGUAGAGGAUAAAGCAGGGGGAUUACUUGGGCUCAGGCUAGCAGUGCCUUGCAUAAGGGGACUAAGGGCCAGGGGACAGGCAGGCUGAGAGAGAGGUACAACUAGUUCAGGCUGGUCCAGGUCACAUCUCCCUGGGGAGUUAACACAGCAGGGCCCAGAAUCCCAGGGAAGUUUCUCCUGUAUGCACCUGGGAAAUGGCACCUCCAGCUUCCGGCUCAAUUUCAGCUAGUGCUCUGAGAUCAUCCCCCCGGCCCCCGCCAUGCCCUUCCUUGAGGGCUAAAUAGCAGCUGCCCCCACUGACCACUUUGUAUAUGCCUGUCUGCCCCUCUGUCCUGUGGGAUCCUUUCUGUGCUUGUGCACCUGCCUAAGUGUCUCUGUCCUGAUUGACCUCUUGUGCUCCUACCCCAUAGACCUUCCCCCCGUUUGUCCUGCUCUCUGCCCAUCUGCCCUUCAGUCUCAGCUGGUUUGUCCUUUUGUCUGUCAGUCUCCCUCUCACCUAUCUCAGCCAGAGGCUUGAAGCACGAGGGCCAAAACUCUGCUGAUGAGGGCUCCCGACCAGACACAGCAGCAUCUGAGCUGCCAUGCACCCACUGCCACAAUCAUAGAAUAUCAAGGUUGGAAGGGACCUCAGGAGGUCAUCUAGUCCAACCCCCUGCUCAAAGCAAGACCAAAGCAGGUCACUGCUGAGUAUCUGCUUUAACUAAAAUAGAUAUGAAGCCACCAGGAGGCUGUUGAUGGUGCCAGUGCUGGGACAGACACCAAGUGGUAGCAGCGUGCAAAGUUGUGACCAGCUGCUGCCAGGCAGCAGAAACACUGAGAGAAGCAGCAGCAUGGCAGGGAGCAGGGGCUGAGCUGGGCAGGGUAGGUGAGCAAACUGGCCCCCACUAUGGGGCGGUGUCAUGGGGCUGCUCAAAGGGAGACAGUUCAGAGUGACGGUUUCCCCUGCUAUCUAGAGGGGUAGAUUGACUUCAUUUCCACAGCUGCUGCUUAAGUACCAGAAUGGUGUUCCAGCGUGACUACAUCACUGCCUGGGGGGACGCAACGCACAUAUUGUAGCGGAAGUGAACUAGCUCAACUAUGAAAGAUGGUCUCAUGCUACAGAUUCAGGAGAUAUUCACCUUGGAAUACAGAACAUUUCUAAAUGGACUUAAAUCCAAAUGGCAAGAAUAGAGGAAGGAAACAAAAGUACAGACUAUUUAAGUGCCUUUAUAGCUUAGCCAGGGAAUGCACAGCAAGGGAAACUCCAACACUUUGAAUUUACCAUGUUCAUUUUGGAAUAUGAAGUAAGAUUAGGACUCAGUCCACUGUCCCUAGACAUCUGUCGGUCUCUAUCUUCCUCCUCCCAGGGAAUUAUGUUCAGAAACAUUCAAACAGGAACUCGCAUGAUGGUGUUGAAUCAAUCUUGGACUUCUGAAAAACUUCUACAAAACCCAUGCAAUACAGCCCCAUAAAAGGCUAAACAAAUGUUUCUGCUGAGUGUGCUGAGAUCACUGAGGAAAUGCUGAUAGAAACUAUGGUUUUUAGGCCUCCCUGUAACUUAUUUAUUCUCCCCCCCCCCCCUUAAUGUGUGUGUUCACCUUGUUUGCAAUUUGUGUAAAAACAUGGCUGACACUCUUCCACUAUAACUAAGGUGGUGCUGGAUGGGUUAAAGUUCUGAAUUGGUAGGGAUGCUUUUUGUGGUGGUAGAUCAUAUUGGUGUGAGAAUUGUUCGACAGAGAGGAAGAGGAUAUAUACUAGGUGGCUCAGGGAUCAUGGAAACUUUUACCUCUUGGUCACACCUGACUUAUGCCAAAUUUACCAGAGAUCUAAAAGCAUUCCUAUCAAAUGGCACUCAGGUGGCCUGUAUGAAAUGUGGUGGAGGGUCUAUCACUAGUUCUCAGCAAACAAUUGUCCACAUAAUACCAAAAGUGAUGGUGGCUUGUUGAACUAGAGAGCUUCAGGGCAUAGUAGGUUAUCCACCCUCACCACCUAGAAAAGAACAGGAUGGUAGCCCGCUAUUAGGGCAGUAUUGGUGAACUUGCAUUGCUAUGUGUUUUUAUAAUAAACAAGCACAUUCUAGUUUCUGUAGUGGCAUCUUUCACAAACACUACAUUUACUUAACCAAAACACCUUGGAGAUUCCUAUGCCUAUUUCUUGGCUUUUUAGACUGAUUGUCUGUAUCCCGUGUUAAUGUUGUAGUCUUGUUCAUUAGAAGCUGGUUAGUCCAAACUCUCUGCUGCUAAUAGGAAAAUAAUGGAUUUUAAUGUAUAGAAUUUUUUCAACUCUACAGUAUCUUCAGAUUUGUGUAUAAACACAGAGAUUACUUUUUUAAAACAAAAAAAAAGCCUUAUUUGUACUGUGGUAGGCAUAUAGACAAUCUGAUACAGAAAAUACGGAACCAGGCCGUGCAUAAAUGUAUGAAUAUCUCCCAGUCAGCAUGGAACAUUUUUCUGAGUUGAGGAAGCUGGCAAGUGGGGUUUGCCUCACCUCUAUUGUGUAAAUAUUUCUACAGGGCAGCCCAAGUAUUGAUCCCGUUCUAAGCAGCCCGACAAAGGCCAACCACAGGGAAGGAGGAGAGUUAACGCACAAAGGCCCAGUCUGUUACAAACUUCAUUGUCGGAGCACCAUGUUAUAACAGGUGGUUUUAUGUGUGCGCGCUUUGGGUUGUGUUUUUUUUUCCACCCACCUGCAUGGGAUCAGAAAUGUACUAUGCCCUGGAAGACCACUGUUUUCAUAGCAUCCCAGCCUACUAAAAUAUGUAAUGGGAAUGGAGUGUGGGAGGGAAUGUUAUUUUGCAGGCUGAGUGGCUAUAUUCUGCACAUCUAGACCACCUUCUCCAGGGAAAAUACUGACAAACGUGAGGACAGACUUGUUGAAUUGAGUGUCUGCAUGUAUGGGUUUGCUGCUUAAGGGACAAAAUUUGUUCUUGUCCAAGAUGUUACCAGACAGUUUAGCUGGAACCAUAUUUAGACAAAGUUGAAGCAUUCUUAAUGCUAGGCUUUGAUUGUGCUUAACAGUGCCUAUGUGAUAUACACGUGUAAGGCAUUUGUGUUGCAUCGUCACUUACACAUAUACCAAUUCUCCACUUCCUUUUCAGACAGCCAUUCUUUUCCAAGGACAGACUUGCUUCUCAUAUUCCUCCUCUUUAUUGUGUAGGAAAUAAAAUCAGAUUCUUUUUCUGGGGACAGAAGAAGAAAGGAGGGAUAACUUCUAACUUAUUCAGGUACCUCUUAUUUCCUCUGGCUCCCUCUUCAUAUAAAUUGUAUAGUGCAUCAUUUAAAAAAACCUAUCCCCUAUGUACGGGUCUUUGAAGUGCCAACUUAACACCUCUAGGAGUUCCAUUUUCAUUACCCUUUCAAAAUCGUUAAGAUUUGUUUUUACAAAAGAUCGUCAAUUCCCAGGCACAACUAUCUGCUUUUUAAAAAUCUUAAUGUAGUCUACUUUUGACUUGAAAUGAAAUUCAGCAUGGUGGCAGCUCUGUAGUGUGUGUAUAUAUAAGAUUUUAUUAUUUCAAUUGGAUAAUGUAAAAUAGCACAGCCUAAUAGGAAAUGGAAAAGUUGGUGCAUGGUACACUGGCAGAAAAAAAUAUUUAACAUUAACAGUUUUAGCUGCUGCUGAUAUUGUAUCUAUUGCGUACUUAUUAAAGGUUGCACUGUGGAAUUCUAACCCAAUGCCAAGCUGAUUUAACCACAAGGCUUACAUGGGAGAAUUUCUGAGCUGAUAUGUUAAAUAUCAGCCAAAUAUAUUCUCUCUUGCUAACUGUAUGUACUUAUCUAUGCCGACCUCUCAACUACUUAAUUUGAAAAAAAAAAAAAAAUUCUUUGAUACAGUGCAGUUCCAGAAUUGUCUGUCACAUCACACAUGGGAAUGUAAUUUCAGCUGGUGGAAAGAAAUUUGUAGAACUUAAAUGCUGGAUUGAGUUGCCGUCCAGAUAUGUACAAUCUCAGUUAUUAAAGUUAUUUUAUUUAAUCUCUUUUUGAGCUGGCAUUGUUUGAGAGUUCAAUUUCCAUGAUAAAAUACAGCUUUAUAAUGUAUUUGCGUCACCUUUUCCACUAGAGGUCUGUUUUCUUCUCUUUUAAGAAAUCAUUAUGCUAUGACGGUUGAAGAAUGAUCUUGAAAAAUACUUAAAAGGAGAAUGGAUUUUGGAUCACAACUGCCACAGAUUUAAGAAAAUUUCUGGAAUAAAGCAAUCUAAAACAAAUGUGGAGUUACAAUGAUUAGCCUAGUUUUCAACUGUUAACUUCUUAAGGGAAGUGCUGAAUUUAGGCUUUGUGCAUAGUUCUUUCUCUGUGACUCUUGGUGCUUUUGCAAUAUUUUGUGUGUGUGUGUAUA